AUGAAUCUGAAUUUCGAAGUCAUUGCAGCUCAUGUAAGUGAUUAUAUUAAGAAUGAAAACUUCUUCGAUACAUUUGAGAUUGAAGACAUCAAGAGAAUCAUGAAAUAUUCACAUUUGACAGCUGAUCAGUACGUUACUCUUCUCAAACAAUCUCAUUCAACUAUUAGUGCCAAAAAGUUAUAUUUAUGUACACGUGAUGCAAAAGUUACUAUCCAAAAUCUCGACGAAGUUGUUUUAAUUCUGAGGGCUGUCAAAAAAUACAUGAAAUUCAAAACAUUUGACAGUAUUAUUGAUGUUUUAAAUCAAAAAGAGAAAGAAAUGAGUGAUUUUACCCAAGAAAUUAAACAACUUCAAGAUAAAUUAAAAGAAUUUCAAAAUGAAAAUAAAAAAACGACCACCAAUCAAACCAAUGAAAAUUACAAUCAUUCACAAUAUAUUUUAACUAAAAUCCCAGAUCCUAAGGCACCUAUGCGUGUUUCUGGUUUUGGCAUUGAUUUUGGUGUUAAAAAAUCCUGCCUUGCAGUUUCCAUCAAUGGUGAAUCAUAUCCAAUUUUAAUUAAUGGAAACGAACGUCCGCCAUCAAAUGUUGGUUUUUACGAUGACGAACCAGUAGCAUGUGCCGAUCCAAGUUGUUCUAACCAUCCUUGUUUGGAAGAUAUUAAGCUUAUUAUAGGAAAAAAGUUUUCAGAUCCAGAUAUUCAAAAAAGAAUUCCUAAAUGGGACUUUAAACUUACUGAAGAUAGUAAUGGAAUGACUGUAUUUGAAGUUCCUAUGAACUCAAAGAAUGUAAUUAUCACUCCAGAGGAAGCUUUAACAAUGAUCUAUAAAAAACUACUUUGGAGUGCUAGCAUUUAUCGGCAUCCUAAUGAAAGAGAAUCAUUAAAUUUUGUUCUUACAGUUCCUGUAACUUUCAAUUUAAAUCAAAUCAAUAUCAUUAAAUCGGCUGCAAAAUCGGCUGGAAUUAACGUCAUUUCUAUGAUAUAUGAACCAGUAGCCGUUGCAAUUUCAUGUGGAAUGCACUCAUCAAGUGAGAAGAAACUCAUGAUCCUUUAUUUUGACCAUUAUUCAUUUGAAGUCACCAUUUUAGAAAAGAUAAGAGAUCGUGAUGGAAAUGAUGAAUUCAAAAUCAUUGCAAACUUUUCAGAUCUUGAUCUUGGUGAAGAUUUUAUGAUUGAAAUACUUAUGGAUUAUUUCUCUGAAGUCCUCAAAAGAAAUGGAUAUGAUAUCAAUUGCGAGCAUGAAAUUAUGAAAAGGAAAAACAUAAGUUUUCUCAGGAACCGUUGUAAAAGGUUAUAUAAAGAGCUAACCUGUCUAAUAACUGAUACAUUUUAUUGGCCUUAUUUAUCAACAGAUUCUAGAGAUUUCAGAUUAAGAAGACAUAAAUUUGAAGAGUUGCUUGAAGAUCAUGGAUUUUAUGAUCGAAUCAAAAAUACAAUCAAUACAUGUCUCAGAAAUGCCAAAUAUAAGCCUGAAGAUAUUGAUUCCAUUAUUUGUCAUGGUAGUGGUACACGCUUCAGAUAUAGUGAAGAAUGUUUGUAUGAGAUGUUUAACCAAAAAGAUAUUAGGAUUACUCAGUAUCCACAAAAAGCAAUUGCAAAAGGUGCUGCAAUUUAUGCACGAUUAUUUUCCUAG